ACAUUUUGAAAUCGAUGCAAACCUUAAGUGGCUGCAGUAUAAAGAUGCUUUGGAAGAGGGAGAGGCCCAGAGAAAUGACCCACUUGAUGGACUUAUCUCUGCCGUACUGGAAGCCGUACAGCAGGGUGAAGAGGUGGGCUGGGCCAGGAAAAGAGAGGCAGACACCAACCUCUCCAGGUCCAUCAGGAGGUGACAGAGACAGGCCAGGAGGAACCUGCUGCAGUUAACCCAGUGGGGGUCGCUCUCACAUUCCCCUGUGACGGGAUUACAUUCAGACCAGAGCCUAGUUAUUGCUGUUCUACAACCUUUGCAUCGCUGCUCAGUGCGAGGAAGUAUAAAUAUACAAGAGGCACACAGUGUUGAUUUUAACAGUUCUGGUGAGGACUCCGAAGAGACAGGAGUAACUAUGCGAGGUUUGAUGCUGCGGAAGAUGGUUAUAAUAAGGAUGUUGAUGGGAAACAUGAGGAGACCACUCUGAAUCCCCACCAUGAUCUCCUGCCAGAAGUUAAAAGAUGCCGUCAAGAUCAUCAGCUCAGGUAGCCUUCUGUUUGCGUCCUACCUGACGGUGGUGGGAGAUGAACGUUUCUACUCCAACCAACUUAUGCCUUUGCUGCAGAGGAUUGUGGGAGCGGAAACUGCUCAUAUUUUAGCAGUGAAAAUGAUUGGUCUGGGUGUUGUUCCCCUGAAUCGCUACCAGGACCCUGCCUCACUGGAAGUGAAGGUUCUGGGACUCAAGUUCAAAAACCCUGUUGGCAUUGCAGCAGGCUUUGACAAACACGGGGAGGCCGUAGAUGGUUUAUAUAAAAUUGGCUUUGGCUUUGUCGAAGUGGGAACAAUCACUCCGAAACCACAGGAUGGGAAUCCAAGACCGCGAGUGUUUCGACUUACCUCAGAUCAGGCCAUAAUUAACAGAUAUGGUUUCAACAGCUGUGGUUUGGCUGGAGCUCAGCAGAGGCUGAAGGGCAGAGAGGAAACGCAACACAAACUGAGUGAAGUAGGCCUCCCCCUGGGCAUCAACCUGGGGAAGAACAAACUGUCCCAGGACGCAGGGGCGGAUUACUUGGAGGGGGUGAGAGCACUGGGGACACUGGCGGACUACCUGGUGGUUAACGUCAGCAGUCCAAAUACUCCUGGUCUACGUGAUCUGCAGGGCAAAACUGCGCUCCAGCAACUCCUUCAUUCGGUGUUAAAGGAGCGUAACGCCCUGAAGGUAGAACACAAACCUCCAGUCCUGGUCAAGAUCGCCCCCGACCUCAGUGCACAGGACAAACAAGACAUUGCUGAGGUUGUUGUUGAGCUGGGGGUGGACGGUUUGAUGGUUUCUAACACCACAGUGUCCCGACCAGAGACGCUCCAGGAUCCUAACAAGGCAGAGGUUGGUGGGUUGAGUGGACAACCUCUGAAAGACCUUUCCACAAACACAGUACGAGAGAUGUACUCACUCACCAAAGGUAAAAUACCAAUCAUAGGCAUUGGAGGCAUUGCUUGUGGGCGUGAUGCUAUGGAUAAGAUUCGAGCUGGCGCUUCAUUGGUUCAGCUGUACACCGCGUUCACCUAUCAGGGCCCACCUGUUGUGACAAAGAUAAAGCGGGAACUAGAGCAAAUUCUCAAGGAUGAAGGUUUUAGCAGCGUGUCGGAGGCCAUAGGAGCAGAUCACAGAAGAUCAGAUGGAGGUGACUUUUAAAAAACAUUCUGUUCAAAAUGGUGGUGAUUGUGCACACGGGGAGACACGGAAUGGACAAGACUAUCUGUGACUGCAUACUGAACUGGGCUGUCUCUCACUCAUGGUCCUUCCUACUGUCCUGUUAAAACACAAAAUCUUAGUCUGUCUUUCCUGCAUAAAUAUGUUGAGAUGUGCUGUGAAUACAUCUCUCUGUUUUGUUUUUUUAAAGUGCACAUUGAGACCAUUGUUUGUAUAAAUAUAGUCGUCUAUUUUGUUUUUGUUGUGCUUCAAAUAAGUUUUAUCUGAAAAUAUUGAUGAAAGAAAACUUAAACAGAUACUCAGGUUAAUGUUGUAUGAACGAAACCAACAGGAAAUCAAAUAUGAAAUAAUGUUCAAAAAGUGUGUUCAACAAUGCGUCUCCUGAUGAGGGGACACCAGACGAUGAGUCAUACAGUUUCUUCCUCUGUCCUGUCCUGUCCGGUCAGAUAGUUCGAUCCCGUUCAGCCUUUUCAAAUCAAUCCGUUUCUUCUCGCCGAAGGCCAGAAAAUACUGUGAUGUUUAACAUUCAACAUAACGAGGCCGACUUUGAAGACGUCACUUUCAUUUCACGCUUAUUAGCUUCCUCCGUCCUGCCAUCAAACAAGCUAAUCUCCUGUCAAACGCCAUAUCUUUUCUGUUAAAGUGGCUGGAGAUUUUUUUUUUUUUACAUCCGUCAGAUUUUAGUGGGCUGGUUUGAUGUUAAUAAAUGUAUAGUAACGGCAUGUGACAACUGGUGUCGUUUCCA